GUGUUGAAAGGGUCACGUGAAGAGGAGGAGUUAGCUGUGCAGGGGAAUUACAGUUUACUGACAUAAUCACUGUGAGGCUGAAUCUGCAAUGGCAUUUGUAACCGAAGAACAGAUCCAACAGUUCCAUGAAGAUGGUUUCCUUGUUUUGGAAGAGUUUUUCACCACAGAAGAAUGUGAUGCCAUGAGGGAGCAAAUACACAAGAUUAUAGCCAAGAUGGAUGUGCCACCCCACUGCCGUACAGAGUUCUCCACCAGCGAAGAGGAACAGCUCAAGGCACAGGGCAGUGCAGAUUAUUUUCUAACCAGUGGAGACAAGAUCCGAUUCUUCUUUGAGAAAGGAGUUUUUGAUGAAAAAGGUGACUUUUCUGUUCCAAAGGAGAAAUCUAUAAACAAGAUUGGCCAUGCUUUGCAUGCUUAUGAUCCCAUCUUCAAGCAAAUCACUCACUCCUCCAAAGUGCAGGAGUUGGGAAGAAAACUGGCCCUUGAGAAACCAGUGGUUGUCCAGAGUAUGUAUAUCUUUAAGCAACCUGGCAUUGGUGGUGAAGUGAGACCACACCAGGAUGCCACAUUUCUGUACACAGAGCCGCUGGGCAGGGUUCUGGGCCUCUGGAUAGCUCUGGAGAACGCCACACAGGAGAACGGCUGUCUAUGGUUCAUCCCUGGCUCUCACACCAAUGGCAUCACACGUAGAAUGGUCCGAGCCCCGCCAGGAACCAUACCAUGCACACAGUUCAUCGGCUCUGAGCGGACUUAUCAAGAUAGCCAGUUUAUUCCUGUGCCCAUCUGCAAAGGUGGCCUCAUUCUCAUCCAUGGAGAAGUUGUCCACAAGAGUGAGUUGAACAGCUCAGAGAGGUCCCGCCAUGUGUACACUUUCCAUCUGAUGGAGGCCAAAGACACCAGCUGGAGCAAAGAGAACUGGCUUCAGCCAACUCCUGAAUUGCCUUUUCCACCUCUCUACACCUGAAGCUAAUGUUGGCCAUUGGAGUCAAAUGGUUGAUUAGUGAGUAGAUUCCAAUCACCUUUCUCAGCCACCUGCUGCUGUUCUCUUCAGAUACAACUUCACCCCCCACUUUCAUUUCCCAAUAUUCAUUUUGUCCUCUGCGCAGAAGGAGUAGCUUCAGCCUGUGUGCAUGACAGAAGAAUCUUCACCCAUGCCCAUCCAGCGCUGGCCUUACUCAGAGCAUCUGUGCUACGUGUACACUACUCAUAGUGAGAACAGUCACCUAAAAACCACUUUUGAUAGGUAAAUCUCUUUAGUCAUAUGAACUGACUAGUAAGAGACCAUUGUACCUUAACUUUGGGACCCACUGAGAGGCACCUCCUUUUCAGGAUACUCAAAAUCUCAGUAUUUUCCCCUUGUACAACCCAAAUCAAGAAAAUUUCUAUUAUGUUUAUUCCAUCUCUGUUGUAUUACCCUCAUGUUCACAGAGUCUUUUGGAGGUUAUGCAGAGGGGUUUUGUUGUACCACAAACAAGUUAAAACCUACCCUAGUGCAAUUGCAAUGGAUUAAAAGAGAAGUCUAGAAUGGGCAGAUCAAAGCAGGGAGCCUACAUUUCUUAUUUUUCCUUUUAAAAUGCUAAGUAAGAGUUACUGGGGAGUGGUAUGUGCGGAGAUAAGACAAUCCCUAGACUUGUAAACCUUUACUGCAUACAUUUUCAAGGAGAACUGAGUAACUUUUUAUGCAUAUUGAAGCUGGAAUAUCAAGAAUAAAAAUAACACAAACACAUUUCUCUUGUUUGAAGAUGACAGUCCUGAAACCUCCAAAAAGUGUUAGACCACAAUACAUAAGGGUAAAGACAUACAGUGAUUAUGCCUUUAACUCCCAGCAUGCAGAACAGAUGCUAGCAAAGAGCACAUAACAAUGUAACCCUUCUAGGAAGUAUCAUAUAUGGGCUGCAUUACAGCAAUCUGAAUAUUCUAAAUAAAACUAAUUUAAACAAA